UGUGUGUGUGUGUCACACCACAGUCUUCUCUGGACGGGGCAGGGGCAUAAAGGUAAGGUGUGUCACACCACUGUCUUCUCUGGACGGGGCAGGGGCAUAAAGGUAAGGUGUGUCACACCACUGUCUUCUCUGGACGGGGCCGGGGAAUAAAGGUAAGGUGUGUCACACCACGGUUUUCUCUGGACGGGGCAGGGGCAUAAAGGUAAGGUGUGUCACACCACUGUCUUCUCUGGACGGGGCAGGGGCAUAAAGGUAAGGUGUGUCACACCACUGUCUUCUCUGGACGGGGCAGGGGCAUAAAGGUAAGGUGUGUCACACCACUGUCUUCUCUGGACGGGGCAGGGGCAUAAAGGUAAGGUGUGUCACACCACUGUCUUCUCUGGACGGGGCAGGGGCAUAAAGGUAAGGUGUGUCACACCACUGUCUUCUCUGGACGGGGCAGGGGCAUAAAGGUAAGGUGUGUCACACCACUGUCUUCUCUGGACGGGGCAGGGGCAUAAAGGUAAGGUGUGUCACACCACUGUCUUCUCUGGAUGGGGCAGGGGCAUAACGGUAAGUUGUGUGUGUCACACCACUGUCUUCUCUGGACGGGGCAGGGGCAUAAAGGUAAGGUGUGUCACACCACUGUCUUCUCUGGACGGGGCAGGGGCAUAAAGGUAAGGUGUGUCACACCACUGUCUUCUCUGGAUGGGGCAGGGGCAUAACGGUAAGUUGUGUGUGUCACACCACUGUCUUCUCUGGACGGGGCAGGGGCAUAAAGGUAAGGUGUGUCACACCACUGUCUUCUCUGGACGGGGCAGGGGCAUAACGGUAAGUUGUGUGUGUCACACCACUGUCUUCUCUGGACGGGGCAGGGGCAUAAAGGUAAGGUGUGUCACACCACUGUCUUCUCUGGACGGGGCAGGGGCAUAAAGGUAAGGUGUGUCACACCACUGUCUUCUCUGGACGGGGCAGGGGCAUAAAGGUAAGGUGUGUCACACCACUGUCUUCUCUGGACGGGGCAGGGGCAUAACGGUAAGUUGUGUGUGUCACACCACUGUCUUCUCUGGACGGGGCAGGGGCAUAAAGGUAAGGUGUGUCACACCACUGUCUUCUCUGGACGGGGCAGGGGCAUAACGGUAAGUUGUGUGUGUCACACCACUGUCUUCUCUGGACGGGGCAGGGGCAUAACGGUAAGUUGUGUGUGUCACACCACUGUCUUCUCUGGACGGGGCAGGGGCAUAAAGGUAAGGUGUGUCACACCACUGUCUUCUCUGGACGGGGCAGGGGCAUAAAGGUAAGGUGUGUCACACCACUGUCUUCUCUGGACGGGGCAGGGGCAUAACGGUAAGUUGUGUGUGUCACACCACUGUCUUCUCUGGACGGGGCAGGGGCAUAAAGGUAAGGUGUGUCACACCACUGUCUUCUCUGGACGGGGCAGGGGCAUAACGGUAAGUUGUGUGUGUCACACCACUGUCUUCUCUGGAUGGGGCAGGGGCAUAACGGUAAGUUGUGUGUGUCACACCACUGUCUUCUCUGGACGGGGCAGGGGCAUAAAGGUAAGGUGUGUCACACCACUGUCUUCUCUGGACGGGGCAGGGGCAUAAAGGUAAGGUGUGUGUGUGUGUGUGUGUGUGUCACACCACUGUCUUCUCUGGACGGGGCAGGGGCAUAAAGGUAAAGUGUGUCACACCACUGUCUUCUCUGGACGGGGCAGGGGCAUAACGGUAAGUUGUGUGUGUCACACCACUGUCUUCUCUGGACGGGGCAGGGGCAUAACGGUAAGUUGUGUGUGUCACACCACUGUCUUCUCUGGACGGGGCAGGGGCAUAAAGGUAAGGUGUGUCACACCACUGUCUUCUCUGGACGGGGCAGGGGCAUAAAGGUAAGGUGUGUCACACCACUGUCUUCUCUGGACGGGGCAGGGGCAUAAAGGUAAGGUGUGUGUGUGUGUGUGUGUGUCACACCACUGUCUUCUCUGGACGGGGCAGGGGCAUAAAGGUAAAGAGUGUCACACCACUGUCUUCUCUGGACGGGGCAGGGGCAUAACGGUAAGUUGUGUGUGUCACACCACUGUCUUCUCUGGACGGGGCAGGGGCAUAAAGGUAAGGUGUGUCACACCACUGUCUUCUCUGGACGGGGCAGGGGCAUAACGGUAAGCUGUGUGUGUCACACCACUGUCUUCUCUGGACGGGGCAGGGGCAUAAAGGUAAGGUGUGUGUGUGUGUGUGUCACACCACUGUCUUCUCUGGACGGGGGGAGGACAGAAAGUAUUUGGGGCAAGAUGUGAGAAUUGAUCUACUGUGGUGUAUAUAAACUCUUCCUGACGCUUUCUCUCUCUGUGCUCCAGAAUCCUAGCCCUGCCACUGCCUCAGGAGCAGCCAACCAGACACUCCGCUCAGACUCCAUGACCAAUAGGAGAGGGCAGGCAGGUCCCAGGCUGUCUAAUGGGACAAAGCGUUAGACUAAGCUAAAGUGCCCCUGAUGACCCCAGCUACUGUAUAAUGUAAUUGAAAUGAAUGAAAACCAGCAGUCCUGUGGCUCUCCGGGGCCUGGAGUUGAGAACUGAAUGACACAUUAUCAAACACUAUCUAUACUGCCAUGUGCCAUUGCCAACACACUAACAUCAUAGACACAAUGCCAACCCACCGACAGACUUACACACACACUGUACCUCUUCAUGUAAGACAUGGAAAGCAAUGUGGUGAGGUGAAGCAGGUCUCUCUCUGUAAAAAAAUAAAUAAUCUUUUGUCUCUAUUGUGUGUGUGUGUGUGUGUGUGUAACUUCACUGAUAAGAUCCAACCCAUGGCCAGAGUCUAGAGACAUCAUGAGAUACAGGGACUGUGUGUGUGCGUUGAUAGAGGGCUGAUGAAACAGUGGUUGAGAUAAGAGCCAAAGGUUAAAGGUCAAGUACAGAGUGUUCCAGGAGGUGUGGCUUAAAGAGGAAGUGUUUCUUUACUGUAAUGCAUUUAGAAAGAGAGGGAAAGGAAAACAAUACUAAGAAAUAAUGUAAGCUGCAAAGGGACAAGAAGAUAGAGAGAUAAGAUAUAGAGAAAUACAGCUAGGGUGGACAGCCGUUUACUACUAGUUAGUUGUAUUCCCCAGCCGGAUCUCUCUGUCGCGAAUAGCCUGGGGACGAGGUUACCUACCAGUAUGUGAGGGGUGGACUACUGAGUUUGUCUGUGUUCAGGACAGUACCUGUUUGUGUAGACAAGAUGGGCAUUAAUGGACAACUGCAACGCUACCUGCUGCCAGCCUCCAUCAUGGCUCUGCUGCUCUUCCUCAGUUCUUUCUGGCUCCCUCAGAUUGCAAUGCGUGAUUGUGAGACCUCCUGGCACCCCUGUCUGAGUUUCAAUUUCUACCUUCCAACACUGGAGAGCCCUUUUAUUCCUCAUCCAGGAGGGGUGCAGAGUGGGGGACAGCAGGGUGAGAGGGGUGUAGUGUUGGGUUCUGUGCCCCCUCUCCAGGUGUGUCAAGGUCAACAAUUCCAGGUGUGGCGUCUCAUGUCCCACCUGACCUCUUCCAUGGCUACGCACUCUGAUGAUGUUCUGCUGGAGCACUACCUCUACAGCUGGGACGAACUCAUCAAGUUUAUGGAAUCUCUCGGACCUCUGGUCAGUUUUUUCUCUCAGAAGGUCAAAGAUAAGAUCGCUGUCAUCAGAGAGCUGGCCCAGCAGGAGAAAGAGGCCCUUGAGAAACGAAGUCCAGUAGAAGGACACUCUGGACUACAAACUCGCACAUCAGGACUACAAGGCCCAGCGGCCUACAGUUCAGUGCGUUCCAUGGUGGAGUCGGAGCUGCAAAGGGGCUUGGUGAACUUCAGUGUGCGGACGCGCUCCGGCUGCAGAAAUCUGCUGCGGCUCCACCGUUCGCUGCUCUGGAUCCUGCUGCUACUGCAGGGCCUGGGGGAGGGACCGGACGCACAGGGGGUUUACCGCACCCCUGGGGAGCUCUGCAGGGAUGCGUACACCGUGGCCCUGGCCCCCCAUCACCCCUGGUUGAUCCGCAGUGCGGCUGAGCUGGUGUUUGUAGCUCUGCCAGACAGAAGAGUGUUCCUGGAUAUAGUUUGUGUGAGAAAAGAGGAGGAGGUUGGGCCGGUGCUCAACAUUGUUGUAGACGUUAUGAGAGAGGUAUACACACGCACACAGAGCAUACUGGAAGAACACAACAUGAUAGAGCUGCCAUAGAAAGACACAGGUAUGCCAGCACACAUAGCCUGCACAGACUAUAAAGACACGUGAUAGAAAGACUAGAAACAUACAGCAACUCAGUUCGUUAGGCCUACCGUAUAAGCCUGUUAACUGUAUAUGUAGAAAAGCCCUUAUAACUAAUGAGAACCGUGGAAUACUUGCUUUGUGUCAGUGAAAGGAGUGAAUAAACAUGUUAUUUAUU